AUGGCCGGAAAUGUCAUGGUGAUGAACACGGGGCCUGAGAGGCAGACGGGUCGGAAAGCGCAGACGGCCAACAUCAUCGCGGCUAAGACCGUUGCAGAUGUCAUCCGGACUUGUCUCGGACCAAAGGCCAUGUUGAAGAUGAUUCUCGACCCUAUGGGCGGUAUCUUAUUGACCAACGACGGCCAUGCUAUUCUCCGGGAAAUCGACGUCGCACACCCCGCUGCCAAAUCCAUGAUUGAGCUCGCACGGACGCAGGACGAAGAAGUCGGAGACGGAACGACCAGUGUCAUCAUCCUCGCCGGAGAAAUCCUUGCCUACUCCCUUCCCCUCCUCGAACGCAACAUCCACCCCGUUGUCAUCAUCAAGGCGUUCAAAUCCGCGCUGAACGACGCCCUGGACACUAUUGCCAAGGUCUCCAUCCCCGUCGACAUCACUUCGGAAACCGAAAUGCUCGCCCUGAUCAAGACGUCCAUUGGCACCAAAUUCUCGUCGAGAUGGUCGGACCUGAUGUGUUCGCUUGCCCUGCAGGCAGUGCGGACCGUCGCCGAGACGGCCGAGUCGGAGAAUGGGUUGAUUGGGGGCAGUGCGGCGGGCGAGUCGGGCAUGUCGGCGCUGAAUAUCAAGACGGUGGAUAUCAAGCGGUAUGCCCGGGUGGAGAAGGUACCGGGCGGGGAAAUUGAGGAUUGUCGGGUGCUCAGCGGAGUCAUGGUCAACAAGGAUGUGACACACCCGAAGAUGCGGAGACGGAUCGACAACCCCCGGAUCGUCCUGCUCGACUGCCCACUCGAGUACAAGAAGGGAGAGAGUCAGACGAAUAUCGAGAUCCAGAAGGAGGAGGACUGGAAUCGGGUGCUGCAGAUUGAGGAGGAGCAGAUCAAGGCGAUGUGCGACAAGAUUAUGGAGUUCAAGCCGGACUUGGUGUUCACCGAGAAGGGUAUCUCAGAUCUCGCCCAGCACUACCUCCUCAAACAAAACAUCACCACCAUCCGCCGAGUCCGCAAAUCCGACAACAACCGCAUAGCCCGUGCCGUCGGAGCUACCAUCGUCAACCGCGUCGAGGACCUGCGCGAAUCGGACGUCGGGACGGAAUGCGGCAAGUUCCACAUCGACAAGCUCGGCGACGAGUACUUUACCUUCCUCGAGGAAUGCAAGUCCCCUAAGGCAUGCACCAUCCUCCUCCGCGGACCGAGCAAGGAUAUUCUCAACGAAAUCGACCGGAACUUGGCGGAUGCGAUGUCGGUGGCGCGGAAUGUGGUGUUUAAUCCUAUUUUGGCGCCAGGGGGAGGAGCGACCGAGAUGGCGAUCAGUGUAGCGCUGAAUGAGCGGGCAAAGACGUUGCCGGGCGUGGCGGGUGCGCCUUACAAGGCGAUCGCGGAUGCGCUGGAGGUGAUCCCCCGGACGCUUAUCCAAAAUUGCGGAGGGAAUGUCAUCAGGACGUUGACCGAGUUGAGGGCAAAACACGCAGCAGGCGAGAGCAUGUCUGGUGUAGAUGGCGAUACCGGCAAAGUGACCAACAUGAAGGACUAUGGUCUCCUCGAGUCCGCUAGCGUCAAGAUCCAGACUUUGAAGACUGCUAUUGAGUCCGCAACAUUAUUGCUCCGCGUGGAUGACAUUGUCAGUGCUCGGCGGCCGGAGGAAGGUGGAGGUGGGGGCGUGCAGACGAUGGGUGGGGAGAUGGGCGAAGGGGACGUCCCCGAGGGAGCGGAGCAAUAG